UGUCGCGAAGUAGGGGGACGUAACGCUGUAAAAAAGUGUCUUAGUAACCGAAGAAGAAAUAGAUUUUUAUUUUUGGGACUUUUUGGAAGUACAGUCUCGACUGAACACUCGCCUAUUUUAUAUUUAAAGGUUCUACAAGCUAAGCUAUCCACUACCUUGUCUUUGACGGAAGAUUUCUGGGAACAUGCAAAAAGUGUGGCUCCUGUUCGUUUUAUUUGCAUCUGUGUAUGCUGAGUCGCAGGUUCGGGAGACGGAGACAUGGAUGCCCCUGACGACGCAGGCUGAUGACUCGCAGGACGAUCUGCUCUCGUCGGGAGACUCGCCUAACGGCGCGGACUUCGCAUUCUCUGACGAUGAGGAUUACGACGAUGACGAUGACGAUGGUGAUGACUUCUCUGGCUCUGGUGACGGAGAUGAAACAGGAUUCAACAAUGUCAUGCCCUCAUCCAAGCCUGACAUGAACGACAACAAGAUUCCAGAGCAGGAGAGGCCCGCUGGGCCUGAGCCCACAGUCGACGAGAACGAAAUUGUGCGGAAAAAUGAGGUGGGGCUGCGUGCUGGCAUGGAGCCCGCAGACGUCUCGUCCAAUGUCCUAAUGGCCCACGCCGGAGAGGAGAGCAUCUUCAGCAAGCCCGAGGUCCUAGCGGCUUUGAUUGCUGGGGGUGCCGUGGGGCUGCUCUUCGCCAUUCUCCUCAUCCUCCUGCUCAUCUAUCGCAUGAAGAAGAAGGAUGAGGGCAGUUACGACCUGGGGAAGAAGCCCAUCUACACGAAGGCCCCCACCACAGAGAUCUACGCCUAAGGUUCCCCGCCAUGGGACUCUCGCAACAGUGCCUCAGAAACACAACCUCUCUGCUAUCAGCUUGCCUAUAUUGACAUUCAUCCUGGAGGACUGAAACGGAGAAACAGGAACACUUGAGACGUUUUUUUUUUUUUUUUUUAAAACACAGUUUCGCAGAAUUGAUUGAAUCCAGAGUGAUGCAAAUGAAAUGAUAUGAAAUAUAAUGAAAUCGAUGCCCUUCCUUAUGGUGAAAGAGGGAGGGGUCUGUGGAAAAGCCUCCAUUGCCAAACUAUGUGGUGUGAGAAAUGUUUUAUCGCCUCAGUGGCCCCAAGCAAAACAUGUCCUGAACCUGCAGUGAAGUCCAGCACAUCACUUGUUCUAAUGUUUUUCCCCUCCCCCUGCUGUUACCUGACACUACAAGAUUAAAGAAGGUCUUUGCAUCCAGCAAAGUGGCGCGGUACAGAUACUUUUUGUUCUCUCUCUACACCGAACACUGGCAUUCUGAUUUCACAUUGCAGUGGUUAGUCAGUGUUUGUGUCAGCAUCGGUGCUACAAGUGAUAACUUGAUGGUAGCGAUUUCUUUUCUAAUUAAUUUAAAGUCCCUGUGCAGUGACAAACUGAGUUUUUGCGUUGAGUUUUUUUGGCAGGUAAAACACACCUGUGUGUUUGGGUUAAUUCUAACGAUAUAAAUGGGUUGCCUGAACAACCUGUAGAGCACGCCUGAAUGGAGUGAUGUAAUCCUCUUUCCCAGGGUGUGAAUGUUUCUCCAAUUUACGCAGAACCAACACCCGAUUUCUCAAGGACAAGUCAGAAUGUUGGACACGCCUGCAUUCCACCAAAUAAAAGGCUAACGUUAACAAGGACCAUUCUGAGGAUCAUGUAUUGUGCUUCUGAACCCGGUGCUUUCAGACUGGUAAUAUGCCAUGCCUUAUUUCAAUUAUUUAUAUCCUAUUAUCUUGUAAAUCAAGCAGUUAAACACUUGUAUAGAUUGCUUAAUUGCAGUUCAGGAUACAAUACAGAAAUAAUAUCACUGCACAUGGACUUUGCUUCCAGGGAUCUGUAUAUAGCCAUUUGAAUAAAAUAAAAACCUUGGUACUUAGCCAUCACCUUGGCAGACGUCUAUUUACCAAAUAUUUAAAUGCCAAAUUAUUUUUUUCCCAAUACUUUCCUUUUUUAAUGUAAUUCCAGUAAAACCCCAGAAUCCAGGGUUACUUUUUAACCUCAAGAAAAACUUUGGGAGGGUUUUUUUUUGACCCAUGCUAGUUGCCAGUACUAACUUUUCUC